AGGGACUGUGACAAGUUUAUCCAGUGCUACUACAAUCCAAACGGUCACACCACUGGAGUUAUCCGCUCUUGUCCCUUCGGACAGUACUGGAACCAGGAUAUUCUUCGGUGCGACCAGGCCUGCAAUGUCGAUUGUCCUCUAGAAAAAUGCAAAAGACGACUGUGUUUCCACAUACAGCAUGCAAGGCAGUUGCCGUGGCUACUGGACGUGUGUCAACGGAAAGUCGGAGGCCGCGUGUUGUCCAGUCGGGUUUGCCUACGUCGAGACCAAAGGCUGCUUGGUAGACUUUACCUGUAGGGACAUGUGUCCAACUGUCUGCACUGGCAAAGAGGUGUGUAACGUGCGUCCGUGGUGGAAUGACACACACAAGUACGAGGAAGGCGGUGGAGACAAUGGGUGGAGAGCAUCAACGUGUAAAAAGAGCAGCCUCUACUUCGACAUCGUCGGCUGUCAGUGCUCAAAGGCUGCCACUAAAGUUUGUGACGCGGUAAUGACGAUGGACUUCUCCAACCCCAAUCGACUGACAACUGCACCAGGGGUCAAGGUCACGACGAGCAACGUGACCUUCAUUAACGGCAUGGCCAUGUUCUCGGGUCACGGUCUGAUUCGUACGAGCAUGUCGCUGGUGGAGGCCGCGGGUGGGUGUCCCGUCACCAUACGACUGAGUUACAAAUCGACGACCAGCGACAGACAGGUCCUCGUUAAGAGUCCGCUGUGUAGGAUGGCCGAAUCAUCGUCGCUGGUCGUCACCGUCGAUGGCAAUGAUGUUGUACUGGAGAUGAAGAACUGGUUUGGUACAGCUAUGUCCAUGAGAGUUCCCACUGAUGACUUCAAGACUGAUGAAUGGAAACAGGUGUCAUUUGUUUAUGAUGGGAAGUUCGCCACUGGAAGAGUUUCUGGUGAUAAGGUGACCUACAUAUUCAAAACCUUUGCACCCAAAAUCUCGAUCGCUCAGUGUGGUCUUGAUUUUGGAACCGAUGAAAAGAAGGGAGCAUUCACAGGAGAAAUGGACACGAUUGGUGUAUACCAGUGUAACCCGUGGACUCCUGUGUAUUGAUGAAGGACAUUUUUAAUGUUUGACUGACAGUGUUAUUUUAGAUCAUGUAGUUUUAUCAUUAACUGAAGCAUGGUGUCUAACUGUUAUACACUUCACAUUUUUAGAAUAUUAAUUAGUUCAAUUAAAUGUAGACUUGAAAAAUGAAAAUGAGAAAAUCAUAAUCAAUAAACAUUUAUGGAAAUUUAAUACUUUAUGAUGAAGAGCUGUGAUAUCUUCAUUCUUAAUGAUUCACAUUACCUUAGCAUGUUCUUUUCCACAUAAAUGUAUUUUAAAAGUCACAUCCGCUUUAGGUCAUUUUCAUUCUUAAUAAUUCACAUUACCUCAGCAUCUUCUUUCUCAUAUAAAUGUCUUUUUUAAAAAUCUAACAUUUUUUUAUACCUUAUGUAGGUAAUUAAAAUGUUGAUCAUUUAAGACCCUUUUCUCACAAAGUUGUUGUAGAAUUUGUUACUGACGGACUUUAACCCUAAGACUAAUGUUGGAGUUGAAGAAACAACCUGGUCCCAGUAUAUCUGCUGCAAUGACAUGAUACACUACAGCUAGGAUAUUUAAUGUUAGGAGUUGGAAGAAACAACCUGGUCCCUGUAUAUCUGCUGCAAUGACAUGAUACACUACAGCUAGGAUAUUUAAUGUUAGGAGUUGGAAGAAACAACCUGGUCCCUGUAUAUCUGCUGCAAUGACAUGAUACACUACAGCUAGGAUAUUUAAUGUUAGGAGUGCAUCACCGCUUACAGUUUCACCAGAUUGUGAAAAGUCAUCUCUAACAUCUAUAUAAGUACAGAGCUCGUACACACGAGCUUGUAAUACACUAAUUCAACAUAUGGAGUCAUUUAAAUGUAAUAUUGUUUGUGACAUACAUCAACCAUUUGUGACAUGAAAUAUUUUAUCGCAAAAACAACCGAUACAGACACGUUAUCACAACCGAUAUAGACAAAUAAAUUUGACAAAAUGUUUAUUAACUUUCCCUAUUAAUGCCACACCUUGAAGAUGAUUCUAUAAUUUGAUAACAAAUUAAUUUUCUUUGGAAGCUGAAGGCAAUAUCACCGAAAUGGAACUCGGGGAAUGUAGUGUGACCCGAAAGUGGGAAACCUGAUUGGAAGUAGCGGAAAGACAUUUUAGUUUUCAGUUGAUAUCAUUUUUAAUACGGGUGUGUAAUAGUUAUGAGAUUUAUUUGUUUUAAUACAUUCUUAUAAGUGGAUUCAGGAUUGUGUUUUGAGGAAAUUGUCACAGAAUUUUCCCCCUCUUGGCACCAACGUUGGGAAAUUUGGUGCAUUUGUUUUUUUCUAUCAAUAAUUGUCAGUUUUUGAUUUGAGCAUCCAAACAUGAGAAUAUGAAAUUUCUCUAACAAACUCGAAACUUCUUUUUUUUAUUCAGAUUUUUAUUUUAUACUCAUGACACUCAGUGUUCAAUAUUUGGUAUAAUUUUACUUACAGUAAUUGUCUAUCCUUGUUUCCACCAAAACAUGAAACUAACACUGAAAUAUGUGACUAAAUUUGGAAAUGUGGUAAGGCUCAUUUGCUCUUGAAUAUGAACCAGAACAUUUUACAACAGAGGUGGGAUCAAGUUUUGUCACAUGUAUGAUGAGAUAGAUGUGACAUUUAUAGUGGGAGAAUGUUAAAGAUGGGAUCUGGUUUUGCCUCAGUUAUUGUUUGUGAGAUGUCACGUUUGAGAUCUGGUUUUGCCACAGCUAUGGAGAGGGAGAUAUCAAAGGUGGGAUCUGGUUUUGACACAGCUUUGGUGAAGGAGAUGUCACAAUUGGGAUCUUGGUUUGCCACAGUUACUGGAGAGGGAGGUAUUUUAAAGGUGGGAUCCGGUUUUGCCACAGCUAUGGUGAAGGAGAUGUCACAUUUGGGAUCUGGUUUUGCCACAGUUUAUGAAGAGAUAUAUCAAAGGUGGGAUUUGCGACAACCAGUUGACUGAACUUGCCCCUGGCUGUGUCACAGUUAAGGAAUCGAGGAAGAUGUCACAGAUGGGAUCUGGUUUUGUCACAGUUAUGGUGUGUGAGAUGUCACUAACAACCAAUUAAACCUCCUGGAUCUACUACUUAUACUGCAUACUCUACAUGUACACAUUUAUUUUAUAGAAUAUAUUUUUUAUACGUUUUAUCUAUAAAUUGAUUUGUAUAACCAGUAUUUCACAAAUAUAUGCAAUAAUGCUCACUGCGAUUCUUAUGCAAUUAACCCUUGGAAAUAAAAUAAAUUUUA